AUGAUAGCCCCGCACCCCUGGACACCGCCCCUCCUCCUCCGCAUACGCUUCACAACGUCCCUCCCCGACCUCGACCUCGACAUCCCCUCCCCCUCGCAAACAACAGUCGCCGCCCUCAAGCACCUCAUUCGCGGCCGCCUCGCCCAGCCCGACUCCCAGCGCCGCCUCCGCUUCAUUCACCAAGGCAAGAUCCUCCCCGACGCAUCGGCCCUCAGCUCCGUCCUGCGACCGCUGCCCCCUCCUCCAUCCUCAAACCCGACCUCGACGCCAUCAACACCCAGCGCAAGCAGCGGCUUCGAUGAUCCCAAGGGAAAAGGGAAAGCGAAGGCCCACGAGACGGCGCCGCCGCAGAGGGUCUAUGUGAACUGCAGUAUCGGCGAUAGUCUCACCGACGAAGAACUAGCCGCUGAAGCCGAGGCGGCUCUACGCGCGCCAACGGAGCGGGGUCACGACGGUGGCUCAUACGGCCCCCAUGCCCACCAGCAGCAACAGCGCCCGACCCCGAGGGGUUUCGACAGGCUCCUCAACGCGGGCUUCACGGCAGCCGAAGUAAACCAGUUACGCCUCCAGUUCCGCGACAUCCGCGCGACGCAGUACACCCCCGACACAAUGCCCAGCCCAGACACGAUGCGCUCGCUCGAGGACACCUGGAUAGAUACCAAUGCCAGCGGCGCGUUACCUGGCAGCGGGGCGGGCGCGGGAGGUGAUGGAGCCGAUGGAGGAGGGGGUGGUGGCGGCGAUGAUGCGUUUGGGGUCAUGAGCGGUAUACUCGACGUGCUCAUCGAGGGUCUGAUUGUGGGCUUCUUCUGGCCUCUAGGUUGCCUGGGGUGGCUUUCGAGGGAGGAGAAUAUGCUCUCUGGCCGGUGGCAUGAUUUCAUUGGGUUCGGGGUGACUUUGAGCAUCAUUAUUGGCGUCAUUAGGGCCUUCUCAGGCGAUCGAUAG